CGCCCACCUGCUAAACCCCGGCUUCCGGUUCCGGUUCCGGUGCCGCCGGGCGCUGCCUAGAUGGUAGAUGCUAGAAUCAAGUGGGCUAAGGGACCUUUUCCGUAAGGGGGAGGAGUUACGACGCAAGGCAACCCUGCCUAGAUCCAGGCAACUGGGCUGAAACAACGGGGCAGUGCUGGGAGGUUCAUCGUGACGUCACCGCCGGGCCCCGUGACGUCACCUCGGGAGGUCCGUUCCAUGAUGCCAUAGAGAGAAAGCGCAGAUGUAGAGGCCUGAAGGUACCAUGCACAUCUGAGCUGUCCUAUCAUGUAGGUCAUGGAAGGACCCCCUUGUGAGGAGAGGCUUCCAACUCCGGGGGCCGAGAGUGACAAAACCAUCCAUCCAGAGUUGGGGGGGCAGGAAGAUCGCGCCUCCGACGCAAAGAAACAGAUUGAGAGCACCGGUGAGACUAAGAAAGAUGAGGCAGAGGAAGAGCUAGACCCUAGGAUACAGGAGGAACUGGAACGUCUGAACCAGGCCAGCGAGGAGAUCAACCAGCUGGAGUUACAGUUGGAUGAUGCCCGCACCGCCUACCGUCGUAUCCUGUCCGAGUCUGCCAGGCGCCUAAACGCUCUGACCACGCAGCUUGGAGCUUGUAUCGAAAAAGCCCGGCCGUACUAUGAGGCUCGGAGAUUGGCCAAGGAGGCUCAGCAGGACACACACAGCGCGGCUCUGCGGUACGAGCGGGCGGUCAGCAUGCAUGCCGCAGCGCGAGAGAUGGUCUUCGUUGCGGAGCAAGGUGUCACCGCCGACAAGAACAGGCUGGACCCAACGUGGCAGGAGAUGCUGAAUCACGCCACCUGCAAAGUGAAUGAGGCUGAAGAGGAGCGGCUGAGCAGCGAGUUUGAGCACCAGCGGGUGACCCGUCAGUGCCACCAAGCGGAAGCCAAAGUUCAGACUUUGCAGAAGAGCUUGAAGCGCGUUAUCAUUAAGAGUCGCCCCUACUUCGAGUUAAAGGUUCAGUUCAACAGCGUCUUAGAGGAACACAAGUCCCGGGUCACCUCUCUGGAAGCCUCAGUGUCGCAGGCGAAGCUCAGGUACUCUGCGACACUGCGCAAUUUGGAGCUGAUCAGCGAGGAGAUCCACGCACGCCGCACACACGGGCCUCUGCUAACACUUAGGGCCCCUCCUCUUGGAGCUGAAGCCCCUACCCCCCUGACCGACGGGGAGAUGGGCCCGCCUUCAGACACCGUCUCCCUCCUCAGCCUGCAGACCAUUGCAUCCGACCUGCAGAAGAGCGAUUCUGUGGAGCACCUGAGGGGUCUGAGCGAUGUAACCAGCCUGGACGGGAGGAACACGGAAGAGGGGGAAGAGGACGACGGCACAGACAGAGAGAGGGGAGGCGGAAGAGGGAACGGAGGGGCUUUUAAGCACCACAGGAGUGUGAGCCUUUGAGGGGGAAAACAUUUUGAGGUUAGACACUCGAUAAAGACUCAAGAACGUUCAAACAACCUAGCACAGCAAGCUUUAUGUGAGUGAUCCCGCAGGACAGGAAGGGACUCUUCAUACAUCACAGACUGGCUCCAUGGUGAUGGAGAAAGGGAGUAAUCCGCAUAACGAUGACGCUCUGAGGGCAGUCACGCCUGAUAGUGUUGGAGCAUUCGGUAAGAGCGGAAAUGAACACACUUGAAUGCGAACAUUUUUUUGCAGAAACGCUUCUAGAUGUAGGGAGUUAGGAGCAGAGGUCAUUUAUACAGGUAGCACAGUGUUGCCGGAGGACUCGGAGAGGGAACACUGUAAUAGGUCAGAGGACAUGUCUUGCUGUUAUGAGAACUGUCUCUGUUUGAUGCAGCACUCCGUAUGUCUAUUUAAAUAAACAUGUAUUGGUG